UGCACCCCUCCCCAGGAUACUUGGAUUUUUGGCAGCCAGGCUCUUUGCAUGCCCAGAGAUGGUGCCCAGCGACUGUGGCGAAGGAUGGGGCUGAAGCCCCCCGCCCCGGCAGCCCUUGGGGUGCUGCUGGCCCUGGCCCUGCUGGCCCUGGCCUGCCUGCUCCCACCGCUGGACCGCACCCCCCACCCGCUGCCAGCAUCGUCCCCCCCAGGUCCCCAGCGAGAGGCGGCCACCCCCUUAUCCAGGGAGCGAGCCCGCAGCAAAAGGCUCCCUGUACCCCUCAGUCGCCUGCGGCGGGAUGAGCCCCCUGGCUGGGGCAGGAGGCGGCGGCGGGGGGUGGCGGGGGAUACUCCCCCGUGGUUCUCCGAUGACGACCUCCAGAAGAUGCGGCUGCUGGCUUGUGGGCAGGUGGUCUCCAAAACCCGCAUCCCAGCCCACGGGCAGGUCCUGCGAGUGGGGCUGCGGGCCGCGGGUGACACUGAGAAGGAUGUCUCACCAGCCAGCCCGGAGGGGGACUGCGGGGACGGGCGCUGCGGGCUCAUCAAGCGCCCUGGGGACCUCUAUGAGGUGCUGGCCUUCCACCUGGACAGAGUGUUAGGGCUGAACCGCAGCCUGCCCGCCGUGGCCCGGCGCUUCACCAGCCACCUCCUGCCCUACAGCUACACCGACGGCUCCCUGCGACCCAUCAUCUGGUGGGCACCUGACCUUCAGCACCUAGAGGAUGCCAACAAUGACCAGAACUCCUGCGCCCUGAGGUGGCUGCAGUACCAGGAGAUGCUGCGGCCCCACGGAUUGACAUCGGUAUCCGAGGAUACUCCCUGCUCCAGCAUCCCACACGGCGAGUGGAGCCGCCUGGCCCUCUUUGACUUUCUUCUUCAGGUUCAUGACCGCCUGGACCGCUACUGCUGUGGGUUUCAGCCAGAUCCCUCUGAGCCCUGCAUGGAGGAGAUGCUGCACGAGAAGUGCCGAAACCCAGAGGAGCUGGUCCUGGUCCACAUCCUGGUCCGGAGGAGUGCACCGUCUCGCCUGGUGUUCAUCGACAACGCAGGCAGGCCACAGCACCCCGAGGAGAAGCUCAACUUCAGGCUCCUGCAAGGCAUAGACAGCUUCCCGGCGGCGGCAGUGGCCAUGCUGCGGUCAGGCAGGUUGCAGAGCCUGUUGCUGGAGUCGCUGCGUGUGGACCGGGAGCUCUGGGAGAGCCAAGGCGGUGCCAAGGGCCUGAGACCCCUGCUUCAGACCAUCGACAGGCGGGCACGCAUCCUGCUGCGGUACCUCCAGGAGCACGGCCUGACGGUGUUUGAGGACUCGCCAUGCUGAACCAGCCUCCGUCCAGCACAGCAUGCCUGCCUUGCAAAUCCCAGCAGCAAAGGAUGUACCUCACACCCUCGGCGUUUGCGAUGUGAGACUGCAUGUGGGUACCUGGCUCUUCAAAAUGUCUGUGUGUGUCCGCCUUGUAGGAUGCCCUGCAGAGGGAGAUGGGAUCAGAGAGCAGGAGAGAGAAGGAGGAGGACACAUCUCCUGAAACAACCCUCCACUGCUUGAGAAAGGCAGUAGUUAUCAAGUAAUGGUCUCAGCAUGGAUUUUCAAAGGAGGGGCACAUCCAUAGGAUUUUUUGGGUGCCUUCACCCCCCCAUCCCAGAAACUUCGAAAACUGGAGGCUUGGAGAGUUGAACAGCCUACGGGAACCCUGGAAAGGGUUAAAGAAGCAGCAAGAGGCACUGCUGAAGGCUGGGGGAUGUCACUGGCAGCCUUUCCAUGGCUUGCACUGGGCUUUCUGAUGAUGCCUUUGCUGUUUCCAAAACAUCACAGGCAGAGAGGCUGGAUCGACAUGGGGGAAAACAGAGGGAAGCUUUCUAAAAGUGGAUUAAGCAGGGACAAGUCACCCUAGCUGAGCUCUGUCUUUCCCCCCACAGAGGUGGUGAUGGUGAGGUGUGUCUGGGAGUGAGUCUAAGCCACUGACCAGAGCUGGGGCCAUGCAGGACCGGGCACUGCAAGCAGCACCUGGCAGCAGCUGUCAUCAGGGAGCCCAUGGUGCCAUCCCUGGCGAGCACUGUGUGCCAUGUGCUGUGUGCCUUGUGCCAGGCCUUGUGUGCUGUGUGCCGCACCUUGGCAGGUCUGGGCCACUGUCAAAGUGCCUUUUGAAUGUGGGAUUUGAAGAGUUAAAUAUCUCACUUGCUCUUUCCCUUCACUGUCAGGGGCUUAAAAGGCAAACCUACCCCAAGCUCUGCCACUUGUAAAAAGUGCUCCCGCCUGCUCUCUUAAGGAUGGCUACAUGAAACUUUUUCCAAGGCUUGCAAAUAUACCUUUUAACAAAAAUGCCAGGCUAUUUCAGCAGAAAGCAAUCAAGUGAAAAAUGCUUUCUGAGCAUGCUGGCACCUCUGGCAGAGUCCACCCUGCUCCUGUCAGCCCUUAGGCUCUUGCCGAGCCGCCCACUGUGAUGGGGUGUAACAUCAUCCCAGCCAGGCAGGUUCUCAAGUGUCAGGGCUGAGAGAUAAUUCAAAGGCAAAAUGAACAGGAGGAAAAAAAUACAGGGAUGGACUCUGUCAGAGCCUCUCUCUCUCUGCAGUGUGUUUCCCAGCUGAGACGUGCAGUCAGUGUUUGCUUGCCAGGAGCGUCCAGUUCCCAGACUGUGGGGUGAUGGUUUGCCACCAGGAGAAGGCUUUUUAAAAGGGCCUCAGGGAGCAGCCCUCCAUUUUUCCAGUGCUACAUGUGGAACCUGUAUGCUUGAGGCACCCCAAGUCACUUGUGCCUUUGGAAAGUCUCAGUGAGACGAGCAUGGGCACCUGUGCUGUGCUGCUGUCCCAUUGCCCUAGCUUUGGAGAAAAUGGCCACCCAUGUAGUGGGAGAGGCAGAAAAGGUGGACAUUGAUGCCUUCCCUGCUCCAUUCCUCAGCUCCAUGUCAGUUUUAGUGUCUGUGAGCGUUCUUAUCACCCAUGCUGAUAAGCGCAAGCAAUUACCUUUUUUUCCCAUUUUCCUCUUGCUGAAGAGAAGAUUAAGUGAGGCAUGGGUGACAUGAAUCAUCAAGCACAAGUGUUCUUAGAAAGUGUCAGCACUCAGCAUUGUGGGUACAUCAGCAUCCAGAGCGCUGGCAGGAUCUUCCUGGAGUCCUGUGCUCCAGUUAUUCAGGAAAAGCCUUUUCCCCAGCACUCUCUCCACUUCAUGAGUUACCACCCUGUUUGCUGUGCCAUGGGAUGGAUGUCUGUCAGGGUAGCCCUGCUAAAGCCCAAAUCAUGGGGAUCCAUUAUCAGGAGGUGAGCUUAGGCCUGUAAGCAUGAAGAACAAACUAACUCAUCCUGGGUCCCGUGAAAAGCCGUGUCCAAGUACAGCUUUAUAUGAAUAAAGGAGACUAAAUGUAACCUAAUUAAAUCCAGAAAAUAUGAUGUGAAGAGCUACAUGGUAACAAGAGCAUUGGUUCGGAUGUGUAGCAUCAGUCACAGUCUUGUUUUUCUCAUUAAAAUGAGAAAUUUCAUCAAAAGAGAUGUUUUCAUCCCACAUAAGCCAAGUUCUCAGCAAGAAUCUAGAGGAAGGUGGGGGACUGUGUGGUGACCAAAGCUGUAGACUUUGCUCUGCUGGAAUAGCAGUUUUUGCCUUGUUUCUGGUUGCAGCUGCUUGACCUUAACAUUGCACAAGGUAGUGGGGAUUUUUCUAGUUUUUUUUACAUUUUCUUAGUUGUAACGUGAGUUUGCUGGCUAAACACAUAUGGGAACAUCUGU